CUCUGUGUGUUGCAGUACCAUGCCCAAAGGGAAGGGAGCCAAAGGGACAAAGGUGACUGUCAAGAUUGCCAAAAAGGCAAUACGGAUGACACCAGAUGGACGGCGCAGACUCAUCCUCAGCAACAUGGGAAUAACCAUCUUCCCAAAGUGUCUCCUCAAAUUGACCAACGUGGAUGAGUUGGACCUAAGCCGCAACCUGAUACAGAAACUCCCAGAUAACAUUGGGAACUUCUCGUCACUCAGAUGGCUGGAUCUACACAGCAACAAGCUGGAGUCUGUGCCCGAAUCCAUCGGCAACUUAGUGGGACUAACACACCUUAACCUCUCUAACAACUGCUUAACCUCUGCAGCUUUGCCCUCUACACUGGGUCUGCUUACUAGCCUGAAGAGUCUCAAUCUGGGAAUGAACCAGCUGGACGACCUGCCUCCCACUAUGGUGGCUCUAGACAGUCUCCAAGAGUUAGGCCUGUUUGAUAACCUCUUCAUCAGCCUACCAGAGUUCGUGAAAGUCUUACACAACCUCACUAAGUUGAAUGUGAAACGGAAUCCCCUGUCGUACAUUCAGGAGGAUGGUGAGGGGACGCUGAAGGAAAAGUCAGAGCCAAAGGGAGGUGUGUACGUGGUCCAUGAGAGCAGCCUGUGUAGGACAUGCCUUAAGAGAUGUAAUGAGCAGACGGAAAGGCUUUCGAGAGGAGGGGGAGGAGGAGGAGAUGCGUUUGAGGAGAAAAGGAUAAGGACUUAUACUGGACUAAUGGCACCAAACUCAGUGGCUACAGUCAAUCAGGAUGUGUGGAGAAUAAAAAAGUUAGAACAUAAGCCAAUCAAAUGA